AGGAUGGCGCGGACCGUCGCCCUGCUGCUGGCGUCGGCCUCGGCGCUCGUGCCGCCGGCCGCGACGCCGGCGCGGCCGGCGACGCGGCUCGCCUACACGGCGAGCGAGGCGCUGCCCUUCAUGGAGCGGCCCGCGUCGCUCGACGAGCUCGAGAUGGCCGGCGACGUCGGCUUCGACCCCUUUGGCUUCUCGAGCAUCUUCAACGUCAAGUGGCUGCGCGAGGCCGAGAUCAAGCACGGCCGCAUCUGCAUGCUCGCGUGGACGGGCUUCGUCGCGACGGAUUUAGGAUUUACGCUCCCCGGCGACAUGCACCAGGUGUCGAGCGUCGAGGCGCACGACGUCGCGUGCAAGUACGGCGCCAUGCAGCAGAUCUUCCUCUGGCUCUCGUUCAUCGAGGUCGUCCACUCGUUCGGCGUCGCGCAGAUGAUGUGGAUGGGCAGCGACCGCCAGCCGGGCGACUUCGGCCUCGACCCGCUCGACUUCUGCUCGACGCCGGAGAAGGCGGCGGACAUGAAGCUCAAGGAGAUCACGCACUGCCGGCUCGCCAUGUUCGCGUUCUCGGGCGUCGUGACGCAGGCCGUGCUCACGGGCAAGGGCUUCCCCUACUUCUAG